AUGUUGUCUCCUCUUUUUUUUUACUUACCUUCUUUUCAUCCUUUCUUUCCUUUUUCUUUCUUUUUUCCUCCAUUCCUUUUUCUUUUCGUUUCAAUUAAUUUCCUUAUUUAUUGUUUCAUUUUCUCUCUUAUGUUAUCUCUUCUUUUCACUUACCUUCUUUUUUUUCCCUUUUUUAUUUCUUUUUCUUUCUUUCGUUUUUUCUUUCCAUUUUUAUUAAUUCCCUUAUUUUUGUUUCACUUUCUCUCUUAUGUUACCUCUUCUUUUUUUACUUACCUUCUUUUCUUUCCCUUUUUCUUUCUUUUUUCCUCCGUUCCUUUUUUCUUUGCGUUUUUAUUAAUUCCGUUAGUUUUUUGUUUCACUUUCUCUCUUAUUUUUACUUACCUUCUUUUUAUCUUUCUUUCUUUUUCUUUCUUUUCUUUUUUCUUUUCCGUUUUUUAUUUAUUCUCUUACUCUUUAUUUCACUUUUUCUCUUAUGCUAUCGCCUCUUUUUUGCUUACCUUCUUUUUUUAUUCUUUCUUUCAUUCAUACAUUCUAUCUUCCUAUUUUCAUUUAUUCACUUCAUUUUUAUUAUUUAAUAGAAUAUUCUCUUUUUUCUUAACGUUCUUUCCUUCUUUAUUUCUUGCAUUCUUUCUUUCUUUCUGUUUUCAUUUAUUCUCUCCUCUUUUUCAUUUCACUUUCUCGCUUAUUUUUUCUCCUCGUUUUUACUUAUAUUCUUUUUUUAUUAUUUCUUCCCCUUUUCUGUCCCCCUUUUUUUCUUUUCUUUUUUUUUUUUUUGUCUAA